AUGGAGGGUUUAGAGAAUUUCGAGGAGGUUUCGUUUCGUUCCCCUGGUGGUCUUGUUUUCGAACCUCUUAGCGAGGAUGAGGAGGAAGGAGGGGAGUGUAGGGGUGGGAGUGAGAGAGAGGAUACGGGGGAAGAGGUGGUGGUAUGUGAGGAUAUAGGGGAGUGGGAAGGGACGCAGGAGAGGAGGAGGGGGGGAGUGAGGGAGAUAGAGAGAGAAGACGAGGUGGUGUGCGAGGAAGAGGUUUGGGAAAACUCGGAGGGGAGUGUGAGUGGAGGAGAGAGUGAGGGAGCGAGUGAGGUAGUGCGUGAGGGGGUGAGAGAGAUAGUGCGUGGGGGAGUGAGGGAGGAGGGGGUGGUGGUGUGUGAGGAGGAGUGUGUGGCAUGUGAGCUGGCAGUGAAGCAAAUGAGAGGAGGGAUAGGCUCCACCUCUGGCCCGACUGGGGCACCUGGUUUGGGCCGAAUCGGAGCAGGAGGCUUGGGGCAUGGCGUGGUUGUGGGGGGCUUGAAACGGGUGGGUGAGCGAGAGAGCCUUGAGACUCCUCCUGAGGAGGGGGGGGAUUCACAGGGGAGAGAUCUGCAGCAGGUGGUUGGGGGAGAGAGAGCGGCGGAGGAAGUGGGAGAGGGAUUGGGAGAGGGAUCGGGGGUGGGAGAGAGGUUGGAGGAGGGUUUACAAGGGAACUUGAUUUCAAACAGUGACGUUCUCAUGCAGAUGUACCCGGAGCUUCCAGGAAGGUGCGAAGCUGUGGCUAGUCCUGGUUGUCCUGCAGGGGAAGAGGGAAAGGGAGGGGACAGGGGCGGAGGAGGGGGUGUUGGUGCCGAUGCUGCUGGUGCCAGCGGUGCUGCUGAUGCUGACGUGGCAGCAAGCAGCGGUGCUGGUGAUGCUGACAUGGCAGCACGAGAUCCUGCUGGUCAUGCUUCCUCAGCACCGAGAGGUGGUACGGCGGAGCCGCUCCCCUCCAGACCUCCCCGGCUGCUGGCAGUGCUGAGUGUGGACGGAGGGGGAGUGAGGGACGCCAUCCCCACGCAGAUCUGUGUUCGCCUGGAGGCCAUGCUGCAGGAGAGAUGCGGCGAUCCCCACGUGCGACUGGCAGACUUCUUCGACCUCUUUGCUGGCACUGGCCGUGGUGGUCUGCUCGCCCUCAUGCUCACAUCACAGCGCCCCACAGGGCAGCGGGGCACCAGUGGUGGGGGUCUGCUUGCGCUCAUGCUCACUGCCCCUCACGGGGCAACGGGCCGGGCGGCCAUCAGGGCUCAGGACCAAGGAAAGGAGGUGUGCAAUGUCAUUCCCUGCUCUCUUUCCGUUAUCUCCCAUCUCGCCCUCCUCCCUCGAUUCCCCCAGGCACCAGUGGCGGCGGUCUGCUUGCGCUCAUGCUCACAGCCCCACACAGGGCGACGGGGCGGCCAGCCAUCACGGCUCAGAGUGAAGGUCCUGGAGCAGCUUCUGCGUCAUUUCCUCAGGCAGCUCUGUGGCACUUCUCAGCUACCUCACUGCACCGUUGUGUACCCGCUCUUCCCCCGUCAUUAUCAGGUGGAGGUCUUGGAGCAGCUUCUGCGUCAUUUCCUCAGGCAGCACUGUGGCGCGGCGGACCUCUGCCUAUCAGAGGCCGUCAAGCCGCUCCUGCUGACGUCAUAUGACAUCAGCACCGCCCGGCCGUACUUCUUCCUCAGCCUGCGGGCGUUGUCUGACUCGAGCCACGACUUCCCCCUUAUCCAGGCGAGUUGUGAGGGCGAGUUGGGUGGCGAGCUGUGA